UUCAGAAGGUAACCGCCCCGAACAGACGGACAACAAAAAUGGAGUUGUGAACAAUUAGCAAGUUAGCACUCAAAGGACGUACAGUUUCAGUUUUUGUGUAAUUACAUGUGCAUGAGUGGAAUUUUCCGGAUGAAUAAGGUGGCAUGAUGCUAUCACAUCGUAGUCAUACAUAGUUUAGGUUUUCCAGCAGUCGUAGGAAGCUGUCCGACGGGUAAACAAACCGGGAUCUUGGCCACGACAAAGGCAACAAGGCUUAGUAGCUAGCUAGCUAAAACAGUAGCAUCUGAUCGUUUUCUCAUCAAGCAAGGAGCGUGACUUGGACAGAAAUGGAGAAGGUAGAUUCACAGCAUGUUCUUUGUCUAAUUAUUGAGUCUGAUUUCCUGAAAGGGCUACCGGUCUACAACAAAAGCAACUUCAGUAGGUUCCAUGCAGACUCAGUAUGUAAAGCAUCAAACCGACGACCUUCUGUGUAUCUUCCAACCCGGGAGUAUCCAUCAGAGCAGAUCAUCGUCACAGAGAAGACAAACAUCCUAUUGCGAUAUCUUCAUCAACAGUGGGACAAAAAGAAUUCAGGCAAAAAGCGAGAGCAGGAACAAGGAGAGGGGGAGAACAUGGCGCCUCCUCGGAAAAUAGCCAGAACAGACAGUCGGGAGCUGAAUGAGGAUUCGUGAAUUGCUUCGCUGAUGAUGCACGCCCAGCAGAGACUGAUCUAAACAAAAUGCACACGCAGAUGCAGAAUACAUGUUUGCAAACCAAGGCGCUGAAAGUGAAGCACACGAGAAUUCAUACAUUGCAGAACACAGCCGGCAUAACAAGAAUCCCAAAGUAACAUUGUUCCUAAUGUUUGCAUAUGACUUCAAGUUUCCUCUUUAACCAAAAACCCUUUCCCUCCUUUAUUUAGACACAGUAUGUUCUUUUUUCCAACACACUUCUGCCUCAGAUUUCACUCUUUGUAGUUUAAAUUGAACAUACAUCUACCUCCUUCUUUAGCCCCUCUGUUUUUCCUUCAUCCAAAGCUCACAGUUCUCUUAUCAAUAUGGAGCGCCUCUGCUGCUCUUAAGGGGUUUACAGUUGUAGUUAUUUAUACCAUCUCUGAUACAUUUGACUUAUAUUAGUGGUUCGAUUGCAUACCAUGUUCUUUGGCUCCUACUCCAUAAGGACAUUUGUGUUCUUAAUAACAUAACGGCAGUGGUCCAUAAUGCUAUUUUAGCUCAUCAUCUAUGUGAUUACUGUCACUAGAAUAACUGAAAAUAAAACUGCAUUGUGUUUGUUGAUUA